AUGUUCGCCCAGCUCGCUGUCGUCCUUGCCAUCGUCGCGUCGGUCUCCGCGCGCCCUGCAGCAACGAGCACUUGCAACUCUGGCAACGUCCAGUGCUGCAACCAGGUCCAGUCGGCCAAGUCCGUUGACUUCCAGAAAGUCCUCGGCAGCGACCUCUACGAGCUCCUCCCCGGCUUCCUCGAGGGCUCAAACACCCCCGUCGGUCUUACAUGCUCGUCGCUCGUCUCCGACCUUUCCGGUGGUCCUCAGUGCAACCAGCAGACUGUGUGCUGCGACGACAGCCACUUCUCGGGCCUGAUCUCAAUCAACUGCAUCUCGUUCAACGGCGGCUCUUCCGCUCUCGGCCUGAUCCCGCUCUAA